AUGGAGAUGCCAGCAAACCAACGGACAACCAAACGCAGCCGUAGUCCUUGCUCGGAUGAAUGCCGCGCGCGUUCGCCCUCCACGGUGGCGCGCCGGGUUGCGCGCGAUGAAGGUGGGGCGCAGGAGGAUGUGGCCGUCUUUAUCUUUCGCCGCGACCUCCGUCUCGCGGAUAACACCGCGUUGUGGCAGCUGAUCGAUCGCGCCGCCGCCGAGGCCUUGCGGAUUCUACCCCUUUUCUUCUUCAACCCCUUGCAGGCGGAUCCGGCGAAGAAUCCGUACUUUGGCGACGCCAGCUUCCAAGUGAUGUUGGAGUCGCUUGAAGAUUUGGAUAGCAGUGGGCAGUUGGAUGGCCGGCUCGUCUGCCUGCGCGGGGCCGAUGAGGAAUGCCUCGCCGAGGUUCAACAGCGCGGGUUUCGGAUUCGGCUUUUGGCGUUUAACGCGGAUUUCACCCCGUUUGCCUUGGUGCGGGAUGCCCGUUUGUUGGAAUGGUGCCAUGCCCAUCAGGUGGAGAGUAUCCAAUGCCGCCACGAUUACACCCUCCUUCCAUUGGAUACGGUGUUGAAGCAGGAUGGGCAGCCGUAUAGCGUUUUCACGCCUUUUUAUCGUCGUUUUGUAUCGGAUUUCGCGAAUCAAGUGCCCCCCCCUCGCCUCGCGGCGUUGGAGGUCGCGAGGUGGUUUGUGCCGGAUGGCCAGACACGUUUCCAGCGCGUGGGGGUCCUUCCCACGAGCCUCUUGCGGGAUUUCCGACGAACGCUUUCGGAUCGAGGGGGGCGCACGGAGGGGCUUCGGCGGCUCGAUCGCAUCGCCACGAUGUCGGACUAUGACGUCACGCGGGAUCUCAUGGCCCUCGACGCCACCUCGCAUCUGAGCCCUCAUUUGAAGUUCGGAACGGUUUCCAUCCGGGAGGCGUGGGACCGCGCGGUGCGUCUGCUCGGGCUUCCCCAUAGCUUCACCCGCCAACUCCUCUGGCGGGAGUUCUACGCGAUGCUGCUGGAGCACCACCCCCGUUUGGUUGGGGGGCAACUCCGGGCCGUGGCGCCGCCCGCCGGGCUCCCAAAAGGGCUCGCGAUCCGCCCGCGGAACGAGCCGUUUCUCGCGAAGUAUCAACGCUUCCGCUGGGCCCCCCCGCCGGCGGCGGCGUGGGCGGCCUUUCAGGCCGGCCGCACAGGGGUGCCCCUCGUCGACGCCGCGGUGCGCUGCCUGAACGAGACCGGGUGGUGCCCCAAUCGCGGCCGCAUGCUGCUCGCGUCUUUUCUCGUGAAAGUCCUCGCGGUGGAUUGGCGGGAAGGCGAGCGGUGGUACGCGAGCAAGGCGGUGGAUUACGACGUCGCGGCGAACAACGGGGGGUGGCUGUGGUCCGCCGGGCAAGGCGCCGACGCGCAGCCGUACUUUCGCACGUUUAACCCCUUUCGCCAAUCGCUCCGGUACGACCCGGAUGGGGUGUUUAUUCGGGCCUGGGUGCCCGAGCUCCGCGGCCUCCCGCCCGCGAUCCUGCACACCUGGGAUGCGUACUGUCGAGCCCACGGGCAUCGGCCCUGUGGGGAUCCAAACGACGGCGCCCGGCUCGCGGAGCCCUGCCGCAGCGACGGCGACGGCAACGCCAAACCCCCAUCGCUGUCGGGCAAGAAAGGGAAGUGGGGGGUGCGGUACGUCACGGCGUACCCGGCCCCUAUCGUGGACAUUAAGGCCUGCACGCAGGCCGUCAUCCAAGAGUUUAAAAAGUACGACGUGAAAAAUUAA